AAAAUGAACAUCAUUUUGUGUAACGUAAAUGUUCUAAUCCUUUUAUCUUGUGACUCUUUGGAUUGUCUGAACCUCUGCUUUAGCUGUGAGCUGCAGUUUGUGCUGUCAGCCUGAAUAACUUCAUUAAUAGUGAAGGUUUGACCUCAGUUCAAUAAAACUUUAAGAAGCCCGGCCAAAAUGCAAAGAUCACAACAGGCUUCUUAAUGGAUUAUUUGUGUUUUGGGCAGUGUGCAGGUGUUUCUCUGUUAUUACAUUUUAAGAUGAACCAAGUUAUCUGUUAGCCAGCAGAGUCUUAAAGACAUGUGUGUUCAGGUGCUGGCGUGUGUGGCAUGUAAAGCCACCACUGUCUUGUGUUUUUGUGUUGCUCCUUAGCUUUUCUUUAGUGUUUGUCAUGUUUCAGAGUGGCGUUGUUGGCAAUAAGCAGUGUAGAGUUUCUGCGGUGGAGCCAGGCAGCGUGCUGCAGGUUGUUUACACCCGGACAGACAGAGCGAGCUGUGUGUCUGUUGAGGCCCUGACAUCUCAGCUGUCAUUACUCUGUCACUGCUCUAAUUAAAUGGCUAGCUCGCUGGAGAGAGGCGUUUAUAAAGAUGCCAGAGACUGAGCUGAGCACACACACAAGAGGCUUUCACUUUCAUGUCUGACACUUUCUCCUGCCACUGAGGUACAUGUGUUGGCAGUUGCAGCAUCAAAUUCCCAUAUCUCCAUCGUAGCUGCAGUGCCACUGGAGAGGUCUCUGUCCUCACUUUGCUUCACUCUUUGAGGAGAUGUAAAAAUGAUCUCUUGUGUAAUAUUAAAUUCCCUUUAAUACUGAAAGUGUACUGGAGUGCACCACACAAGAGACAGGAAAUCACUUAGAAGGAACUUUGGAGGACAUGAUUGGACCUGUUACUGGUAUUAAAUGUAUAUUGUUCUUUUAAUGUAUCUCAGAUACGUAGGUUUACACUCAGAUUAGAUGUUGGGGGUUUAGUUUGUUGAACACGUGUCUCCAUUGCAGAAGGUUUUUAGAUAAAGUUUCCCUUUUCAUUGUUUUGCUCUUUUGGUCUAUCUUUUUUGUGAUGUACGAAUCAUCAGCUUUCAUUAUAUUGCAUGUAACCCCACUAGUUGUGCACAAAAUUUGAAUAAUGUCAUUUUUCAAAAAUUUAAGGAAUAACUGCAGUUUUCUUGUUUUUCUACUUGGGUCUUCACAGCAAACAGCGAUCUUGAGCAUCCUGACUUUCUGCAUAGAGCUGAGGCACCUCAACCUGGGGAGCUGUGUGAGGAUUGAGGACUAUGAUGUUGUGGCCAGUAUGCUGGCUGCUCGCUGUCGCUCACUGUGCUCUGUGGACCUGUGGCGCUGCAGAAACCUGACAGAUCGAGGCCUAGCUGAGCUGGUCUCCGGCUGCAGGAUGUUGGAGGAGCUGGAUCUGGGCUGGUGUCCCACACUGCAGAGCAGCACCGGAUGUUUCCAGCACCUCGCCCGCAGCCUGCCUCGACUACGCAAGCUCUUCCUCACUGCUAACCGCACCGUCUGCGACUCAGACGUAGAAGAGCUGGCCGCCAGCUGCCCCUCACUACAGCACCUUGACAUACUGGGUAAGCGUUUCCCUCACACAUACAGCAUGUGGACACAAACAUUUGUCAUUUAUUAAUUGUUUGUUAAUGAU